AUGACGUAGGAGGAGGGGGCGGAGAAAGAACAGCGGGUCAAGGGUAAGAAGGGGCGUGGUGGCGGUAACCACGGUAGCCUCGGCUUUUUUUCUCAAUUGGGAAGGAAGUAAAGCACAAUGCGGACACGCUAUGGCGACCGCCGGGGAAGCAGGAUAGAAAGUUGCUGCUUUGUCUCAGGGAAAUAAUCUGUAAGAUUCUUUUUCACCAAUGUAACAAAUGAAAACAAUGGGCAGAUGAUAUCAGUUAAACUACAUUUGGCAGCUAACUGUCAGACAGCAAACAACUACGUAAGCAACUGCAAUCCACACUGCAAGGAUUUUUACUAUUCCAGGCAUUGAGAAUUAUGUGCAGUGCCUGAGUACUCCGAGUAACUACAGUUUCUAUGUAGUUAUAAUAAUGUCUGUUAAUGCCACAGAGAGUGACAUUCCUAGAUUUUUUGUGGGCGGUGAAGAUGGGGAAGAACUUUUGGAUUGUUCCAGAUCUUCCGAUUUUGUCUCCUUCUACGAUCCUGAGGAUGAUGAUGAAGAGUAUGAUUCUCCACCAGAAAGACAGAUCAUGGUUGGAAUAUGUUCUAUGGCAAAAAAAUCAAAAUCAAAACCAAUGAAUGAAAUCCUUGAACGGCUUUCCAUGUUUAAAUAUAUCACAGUGGUGAUAUUUGAAGAAGAUGUCGUUUUGAAUGAAGCGGUAGAAAACUGGCCUUUAUGUGAUUGUCUCAUUUCUUUUCAUUCUAAAGGAUUUCCAUUGGACAAAGCAGUUGCCUAUUCUAAACUCAGGAAUCCAUUUGUUAUUAAUGAUUUGAAUAUGCAAUAUCAUAUACAAGACAGGAGAGAAGUUUAUGGCAUCCUUAAAGAUGAAGGCAUUUUACUUCCUCGUUAUGCAGUCCUAAACAGGGAUCCAAACAAUCCCCAAGAAUGCAAUUUGAUUGAAGGAGAAGAUCAUGUGGAAGUGAAUGGAGAAGUUUUCCAAAAGCCAUUUGUGGAAAAACCAGUUAGUGCAGAGGACCACAAUGUAUAUAUUUAUUAUCCAACAUCUGCUGGUGGAGGAAGUCAGAGGCUCUUUCGAAAAAUUGGUAGUAGAAGCAGUGUUUACUCUCCUGAAAGCAACGUGAGAAAAACUGGUUCAUAUAUCUAUGAGGAAUUCAUGCCUACAGAUGGUACUGAUGUGAAGGUGUACACUGUAGGUCCAGAUUAUGCACAUGCAGAAGCACGUAAAUCCCCUGCUCUGGAUGGCAAGGUGGAACGGGAUAGUGAAGGCAAAGAAGUGAGGUAUCCAGUGAUACUUAAUGCACGGGAAAAGCUAAUAGCUUGGAAAGUAUGCCUAGCUUUUAAGCAAACAGUUUGUGGAUUUGACUUGUUGCGUGCAAAUGGGCAGUCCUAUGUCUGUGAUGUCAAUGGCUUCAGUUUUGUGAAGAAUUCAAUGAAAUAUUAUGAUGAUUGCGCUAAAAUCCUUGGAAAUAUAGUUAUGAGAGAACUUGCUCCACAAUUUCAGAUCCCUUGGUCUAUACCUUUGGAAGCAGAAGAUAUUCCUAUUGUGCCAACCACCUCAGGAACAAUGAUGGAGCUUAGAUGUGUCAUUGCUGUAAUACGGCAUGGAGAUCGGACACCAAAGCAAAAAAUGAAAAUGGAAGUUAAACACCAAAAAUUUUUUGAUCUUUUUGAAAAAUGCAAUGGAUAUAAAUCUGGGAAGUUAAAGUUGAAGAAACCAAGGCAGCUACAGGAAGUACUUGAUAUUGCAAGACAGCUCUUAAUUGAGCUAGGACAGAAUAAUGACUCUGAAAUAGAAGAAAACAAAUCUAAACUUGAACAGUUAAAGACUGUAUUGGAGAUGUAUGGACAUUUUUCUGGCAUAAAUCGCAAAGUACAACUGACAUAUCUUCCUCAUGGUUGUCCUAAAACAUCUAGUGAAGAAGAAGAUAACCGCAAACAAGAGCCAUCUCUACUCUUAGUUCUCAAAUGGGGAGGAGAAUUGACACCUGCAGGCAGAGUUCAGGCAGAGGAACUAGGAAGAGCUUUCCGAUGUAUGUACCCAGGUGGACAAGGUGACUAUGCUGGAUUUCCAGGAUGUGGCCUACUUAGAUUGCAUAGUACUUAUCGACAUGAUCUCAAAAUCUAUGCAUCUGAUGAAGGAAGAGUUCAAAUGACAGCUGCAGCUUUUGCAAAGGGUUUGUUGGCAUUGGAAGGGGAACUCACACCUAUACUUGUGCAGAUGGUCAAAAGUGCUAAUAUGAAUGGUCUGUUGGACAGUGACAGUGACUCUCUUAGCAGUUGCCAACAUCGGGUGAAGGCACGCCUUAAUGAAAUUCUCCAAAGAGAUAGAGACUUUACUUCUGAAGACUAUGAAAAGCUGACACCAUCUGGCAGUGUUUCUCUGAUAAAAUCAAUGCAAGUGAUAAAAAAUCCUAUUAAGACAUGUGAUAAGGUAUAUUCUUUAAUCCAGAGUUUGACGUCUCAGAUCAAACAACGAAUGGAAGAUCCUAAAUUUGCAGAUAUUCAACUUUAUCACAGUGAAACAUUGGAACUAAUGUUGCGUAGGUGGGCCAAGCUUGAAAAAGACUUUAAAACAAAGAAUGGAAAAUAUGAUAUAAGUAAAAUCCCAGAUAUCUAUGACUGCAUAAAAUAUGAUGUUCAGCAUAAUGUCUCUUUAAAGCUAGAAAAUACAAUGGAAUUAUACAGACUGUCAAAGGCUUUGGCUGACAUUGUGAUCCCUCAGGAAUAUGGUAUUACUGAGGCUGAAAAACUAGAGAUUGCUAAAGGUUACUGCAAUCCACUAUUGAGGAAAAUUCGGUCUGAUCUUCAGAGGACUCAGGAUGAUGAUACUGUUAACAAACUCCAUCCUUUGUAUUCUAGUGGGGUUAUGUCUCCUGAACGUCAUGUCCGAACUAGGCUGUACUUCACCAGUGAGAGUCAUGUCCAUUCUUUGCUUUCAACUCUUCGCUAUGGUUCUUUAUGUGAUGCAUCAAAAGAUGAACAGUGGAAAAGAGCUAUGGAUUAUCUCAAUGUUGUCAGUGAACUCAAUUACAUGACCCAAAUAGUUAUCAUGCUGUAUGAAGAUCCAAAUAAGGAGGUUUCAUCAGAAGAACGCUUCCAUGUGGAGUUACAUUUUAGUCCAGGAGCUAAAGGCUGUGAAGAAGAUAAAAACUUACCAUCAGGUUUUGGUUACAGACCUGCUUCACGGGAGAACGAUGAUUCAAAACAAACAUCCCAUAGAAAUGAGAAUGAUGAGGACCCCCAUGCUUAUAAAAGAGAUGAAACUGAUCGUUCAGUAAUGAUGUUCAAGCCAAUGGUGUCAGAUCCAAUUCAUAUACACAGGAAGUCACCCCUUUCAAGACCCAGGAAAAUGGGUUCAGCAGAAGAAGAGAGCCCCCUGAGUGUGUCUAGCCCAGAGUGGCUGCAUUAUACCAGUGGUGUGGGUACUGGGCGUCGAAGACGCAGAUCAGGGGAACAAAUCACUUCUUCCCCUGUCUCCCCUAAAUCAUUGGCUUUCACAUCCAGUAUUUUUGGCUCAUGGCAACAGGCGCAGUUUAGGAGUAUUCAUUUGGCACCAUCAGAAAAUAAUAGUCUUUUUCGACCUCCAAGAACAAUUGUGGAACAAAAGACCAGUAGUAUAGGGUCUCACUGUGCGAGCCUGUUUAGCACCUCAGUGCUCGGGGGGUCUUCAAGUGCACCUAAUCUACAGGAUUAUGCUCGUAUUCAUCGUAAAAAGCUGACUUCUUCUGCCUGCAUAGAUGCUGGUUUGAAUUUCAGGUACCUGUUUUUCUCUUUCUCAGACACCACACGUGGUUCUGCUGUUAAAAGGUUUUCUAUCACAUUUGCUCGACACCCAACCAAUGGCUUUGAAUUAUAUUCCAUGGUGCCUUCAAUUUGUCCUCUAGAAACUCUCCAUAACUCCUUGUCUUUAAAGCAAGUGGAUGAAUUUCUUGCCUCAAUUACAGCCUCAACCUCGUGUGAAAGUUUUCCACAUACAUCUACAGCUUCCUUUCGUUCUCCGUCAUUUAUUGAAUCCAUUACAGAAAGAAAGUGUUCUUUAAAUACAUAUACCCCUGCUAAAAUCCAACCAACAACAUUUGAAGACUUUGCAGGGCGGAGAUCUGUUGAGCGAAGCCCCUCAGAUGCCACUUGCUCUUCCGUUCCUGAUAUUUGACUGCACCAUUAGAAGACAAAAAGGAUUUAAAUAAUACUAGUGUGGUUAGUAAAAUGCUUUCUGAAAAGAAACUAAGCACUUCAGUCAAAACUUGAAGGAACACUUCAUUGCCUCUUCUAUAACUAACAAAUCCUUAAAGAAAAAGGCAGUUUUUGAAAUCAUAUUUGCCACACAGUAUGUUUCAUUGUAUAUAAAAUAAUUUCUAGAAUGUACAAGUUGUAUAUUUUCAGGUUGAAGGUGACUUCCUUUCUAAAAUAUAAAAAGCAACAAAGUUUACACUUGUAAUUUUAAGGUACCGAUAUCUUAAAUAUAAAAACUGCACAAAAUAUUUCCAUCAUUGUUGUCUAAAAUAUGCACACAAUGCAAAACCAAAACAGCCUAGCAUAGUAGUUUGUAUUGCAGACACAGCUAGAAAGAGAGAGAAGACAAAAAAGAUUUUUAAAAGGCCGUUAUUUGGAGAUAGAUUUACAAUAGGCCUUUUAAAAGUUUACAGUAAGCAUUUUUUCAUUACCAAGAAAUAUUAACAUGGCUCUGGUUAAUGGCUACUUUUCUGAAUACUGAUCCCUAAACUAGAAUUUAGCAACUUAUACUUUAUUUCCGGUACACAUGCAUGUUGUUUGAUUUAUAGAUGAAAACUGUUUAGGUUCUCGGAUUUGGAAAAUGCAAGAAAAAUUGAAUAACCUGCUGUAGAAUCUAAUACUCUAAAGCUAAUGUGUCUUAUAUUUGGAGUCAUGUAAGGACUAAUAGCAUCUAUAUAAUAUUGUACAAUUGUAUCGUUAAAAGUUAAAUUUGGUUUCAGUUCACAGAUCAGCUUCACUGAAGAUUUAUUCUAACUUAACAAGAGUCAGGGCCAGGAAAAACAAAAAGAAAACAUUUUUAAUGCUAAUGUAUUUUAUUUCCAUUUCAUGCAUGUUCACUACUAAGUUAAAAACUCAUUCUCAUCCUAUGUCAUUAUUUUCUGUCAGCAGCAGUUAUAUAGGGAACAAAAUCUUGGUGUUAACUCCAUUCUGUUCAGUCUUUCAUCUGUUAAAUGCAAGGUUUAGACUGUAACCUCUCUCCAUGCUUCAAUUUAAAUAUGGUUUCUGGAAGCAUUGCAUCCUUUUCUAUUAUAUUGGGGUACCUCUAGUGAGAUUUCUUACCUAAAGUUGCACUGUCCAAAUCUGUGCUCAGUCUUGGUAUUGAAGUACCUCUUUCCUAUUAGAAUACGAAGCAUUUUGGGAGUCAGUCAUGGGCAAUAUAUACAUGAUUUACCACAUUGUUUACAUCAAUAUCUAGAAUUUUUGCAAGUUUAUUCUAACCUAUGCUUUAGUAUAGGGCAUGAAUUAAUUUUGAUUACAUUAUUUAUGAAUUUAUUUCUUGUUUACAUACUCUCCAAAGGUUCUUUUUUUAAAAAAAAUAUUUGCAACACAGGUUUCUGCAGAAUACUGUUUAAAGUAUAUUCCUAUAAAGGUUAACAGGGCUUUAGAAAAGCAGAAACAGCUGGUCUGUUUACAUUCAUGAUUGUAAUUUUAUAUAUCUGUACAUGCUGUCAUUUGUUGUAUUUUCAAAUGAAAAGAGGUUGCAACAGAACCAGUUCUAUGAAAUUAACUGUUUCAUCACUGAAUGUAUGGGCAUAACCCCAUAUAGAAAAUAGGCAUUAUCACCUAUCUUUUAAUCAUGCCUACUCAUGGACAAUGUUUAAAGAUAAUAAUCAGCAUUAUCAGAUCUCCCAAAAACUGGAACUGUGGUUUUUUAAAAAAUAUUCAGGUUUGUCAACAUCUAUAUAUUAAUAGUCUUUUGACUUACCUUAUAUAUCCUGUUCAGUUAUUGAAUGGUUAAUAUAUUUUCGGUCUUUGCAGUAACUCUGUAAUUUAUGAAUGGCAAUAUUUUCCUUUAUGCUGCAAGAGGCCUGGAUUCAGUGCCUUUAUAAGAAUAAAAAUACUUCUCAUUCAGUAAUUUUCCAUAAAAGUGUAAUUGCUUAUAAAGCUUGCCAUGGCAUUGCUGUGCAUAUUAUAUGGGAUUAUAUAAGCAAUUAUUAAUUAUUAAGAUACCAAAUAUAUGAAGGGGUUCACAAUUCUCAUUGCAUUCAUCUUCUAAAAUACAAGUUUUUAAUAUGGACAAUGUUUGUCUUGCUCACCUAUGAAUGUAUAUGUUAUAUAUUUUUUUCUAUACAAAAUGUUGUUUAAUUAUGUGUAACAUUCCAGUCAACCAAAGCUUUGGCAUAAAAAUUGAACAUGCUCUUGAAUAAAAGAGAGUCUGCAAAAAAGCAGCAUCCAUUCUA